AUGAGAAGUCUAAUCUUCUCACUUCUCCUCGUCGGUGUCUACGGCGGUGCAUCGAACACCGUAAACACUUGGAAUGGAACUCUCUCUUACAUUGAAGAUUGGGGAUAUGUCAAGAUUCGUGACAACGCAAACACUUUCUGGUGGCUCUACUCCGUGCAACCGUCUAACAAUCGACCGCUUUUCCUUUGGCUCCAGGGAGGACCCGGCUCGUCAUCAUCUGGCUACGGUAAUCUCGAGGAACUCGGCCCAAAAGAUCUCGAUGGGAAAGAUAGAGCGAGUACUUGGCUCCAAGUAGCCGAUUUGGUCUUUGUCGACAAUCCAGUCGGUGCCGGCUUCUCCUACGUGGAUGACUCGAGCGCUUACACAAAAAAUGUGACACAAAUUGGCCAAGAUCUUCUCGCAUGGGCGAGAGCCUUUUUCACUGUCCAUCCCGAGUACCGAACUCGUCCCUUCUACAUCUUUUGCGAGAGCUACGGUGGAAAGAUGAGUGCCGAGUUUGCGAGAGUCAUCGUGCAGAACAACAACAUCUUGAGGAUUAACUUUAAAGGAGUGGCGCUUGGCGACUCGUGGAUCUCGCCGAUGGACUAUGUGAAUAGUUGGGGGCCAUAUUUGUAUGCUAAUUCCUACCUGGACGAUAUCCAGUUGAAACAAGUGAACGCUCAGGCGGCUCAUUGUCAGAAAUUGGUUGACAACCAACAGUGGAGUCAAGCGACAAACUGUUGGGGAGAUAUGGAGGAUCUGAUUGGAACGGUAACCGGUGGAGUCUCAUGGUACAACAUUUUGAAGUACGGAGAUCAAGAUGAUUGGUCAAAGAAGAGAAGAAAGAGGGAAAUCGAUCUGGAUAAGGACAAUCACGUGCUACCUGAGACAAUUCAACGCUUGUACAACCGUCACGUGAAACCGAUGUACGAUGUGGAUCUAAAUGAUUACAUGGACACGGUGGUCAGACAAAAGUUAGGCAUCAUUCCGCCGAAAGUCAAGUUUGGAGGUCAAUCCAAUCAAGUCUUCUCGAUGCAAUACGGUGAUUUCAUGGUGCCUAACUAUGAUACAGUUGAUUGGCUUCUCAAAAAUCAAACGAAUGUCAUCGUUUACAAUGGAAAUCUUGAUCUCAUCUGUGACACGAUUGGCACGGAAAUGUGGGUGAAUCGAUUGACGUGGACGGGCAUGCAAGGAUGGAAUACGUCAACUCGUACGCGUUUCGGCACGAAGAGCUUCCCAUUGGCCGGCUACGUGAAACGUUACGGAAACUUUCAAUUCUGGUGGAUUCUCCGAGCCGGGCACAUGGUGGCUCACGACACCGAGGAGUCAUCAAUCUACAUGCUCUCACAAAUCCUUAAAACAACC